AUGGAAUACGCAGGAAAAGUGAUUGAAACGGUAAAACACAUUAGAGAAACUAGGCUUUCUAGGCUCAGACCUUUGAAUGAAUUUUUCGAUCAUCACAGACUCAGUCGCCCUUCGGACAUGAACGAAGCUACUUCUAGAAUCACUUACAACACGCGUCAUUUCUCUGGAAACUACGGUGUUGUCGUAGCGGUAUUGAGUGUUUACGCUCUGCUCACUAACCCAUUCUUGCUCAUUGCAAUUGCUGUCAUCGUCGGUGGUUUCGCUGCCGUUCAGCGGUUCGGAGCUGAUCCAUUACAAGUCGGCGAGCAUGUCAUCACUCAGAAAGGCCUCUAUGGUGUUCUUGUCGUUGUUGGUUUGGUGCUCUUCUGGAUCGCUGCACCGCUGUCUAUCCUCUUUUGGCUCGUUGGUAGCAGUACUAUGCUGAUUUUUGGUCACGCUGCUCUUAUAGAACCUGGUGUAGAAUCUGAAUAUGCACCUGUUGAGGAGGUAUAA